GUAACAAUGUUUAAUUUUAGUUUAGGUUCAAACUUCGUGAAAAGGCAAAUUUACAUUCACUUAUUAUAUUGUUUAUCUAUUCAUUGAUAGAUUUGGACAAUAAUUACAAUCUUGCUUAUUAUAUCAAUCUAAUAUAUUCAUAUAUACAUGUUAUAUACCUUGAAUUAUAUAACUUAGUGGCAGCGUCGUUGAUAUAGAUCGAAUUGAACUAAUAUGAAAUAAGAAACUUUGCAAGGCAAAAUUGAGAUUGUUAAUUCAUUCAACCCUUUCAUAUUAAAAUUGAAAAUACAGAUUCAACAUUGAUGCAUCUUUAAAAUGAUAGCAAUAUAUUCUCAGAUACCCGCGAUGCGAGAUAUCUAAAACCAGUGCACAAUAAUAGAAAGAAAUAUCGCGCGAAAGGCCGGGAAUGUACAGACCUAAAUCUAAUUCACACUGGUGAAUCAUUGUUGUAUGUUUUUAUACGACUAUUCUAACAAUAAUCUCUUUUAUGUUUAUCUACAAAGAAAUGAGUGUCAUGUGACACAUUCACCUAACUCUUUCUCCUAGGUAACUCCCACAGGCAAUAUUUAGGCCUCAUUAAGUUCUCAUUCUGUACGUUUGCCAAUGUCGAGGUUAUGUUUAAAUAACUUUUGAAGAAUCCUUGGUUAUGACCGAGACCUUGUUACGCCGUCUAUGUACAGCGUGAUAGCACCGGUGCAAGAAACUUACCGAUCAUUGUCUGCAUGAUCUUUGAAGCAACAAGACCUAGUUGGGUUUCAGCUGCAAGAUUUUGACUGCAAAAAGCGACGAUGAAGCAAGAGGGAAGGAAGUUUGAUGAUGUGCUUAUAGAGCUUGGAGAGUUUGGUCGGUAUCAGAUAUGGAUCUACAACUUAUUGUGUCUCUUUGAGUUCAUUGCACCGUGGCAGAUCCUGGUUUAUUUGUUUCUUUCUGGAGAGGCGGAUCACUGGUGUGAGAUACCAGACUGGGAUCCUGUCGAUUGUGGAAGCUAUGGAUUCAACACAUCAAGAGAAUGUGCUCUUGCAAAGAGAGAGGUUGGCAUCCCAUGGAACUACACUGAUGAUACUAAAACAAAGGUUUAUUCAUCUUGUAGACGAUAUAAUACCAGUGGAGUUGAUUUUAGCCCAGAGCUCCGUCUUUAUGGAACCGAUGAAUUCUCCUGCGAUGCUGGUUGGUAUUAUGACACCCAUGGAGCUGAGAGGACCGUGGAACAGGACUUCAAUUUAGUUUGCGGAUCAGGGUAUCAAUCGUCAAUCAGUCAGUCAAUCUUCUUUGCUGGUACUGCCGCGGGAUCUUUGACCUUUGGAAUCUUUUCUGACAGAUUUGGUCGUCACCGAACCCUAUUCACCUGCAUGUGUGUUAUCAUAGUUUCUGGAACAACUCUCGCUUUCUCAGUCAACAUUUGGAUGUUUAUGGUCCUUAGAAUGAUCACAGGAGCAUUUACGAUUGGAAUGUUGCAAUCAGCUUUUAUACUCGCAAAUGAAAUGAUAGGUCCUUCCAAGCGAGCCAUUGCUGGUAACGUGAUAUGGGUUCACUUUGCAGUAGGCUACAUGACAUUGGCCCUCAUUGCAUUUUACAUCAGGAAUUGGCGUCACUUGCAGCUGAUUGUUUCUUUAUUACCCGCGGCUCUUCUCAUCAUUUACGUGCUCGCUCCUGAAUCUCCACGUUGGUUGUUGUCAAAGGGUCGUGUUGAGGAAGCAACGAAGGUCAUGAAAAGAUUAGGAAAGGUCAAUGGAAUCAAAGUCAAAGAGACAUUCAAUUUGGAUGACGUUGAAACUGACAUAAAAGUCGAGGGAAGUGGAAAACAGGGCGUGAUUGAAUUGCUCCGCAGACCUCGUUUACGGCUCUACACUAUAAACCUCAUGUUUCAACUGUGUGUGAACACGGUAGUGUAUUACGGCAUAUCGAUGAGCACCGACCAACUUGGAGUCAACAAAUACAUAGCUUUCGCUAUCGCGGGUGCUGUCGAGAUCCCUGCUUGCUUUUGUGUCGUUCAUCCCAUUGAAAGGUGGGGUAGAAGACCAGUUUAUAUGUUCUUCAUGAUCCUUUGUGGAGUCGCCAUAUUGGCAACAAUUUUCAUUCCGUAUGGCAUUGGACGGGCCGCCGUGGCGAUGAUUGGAAAGUUCGCCAUUACGUCUUCCUUCUGCGUAGUCUACCUUCACGCUUGUGAGAUUAUUCCUACCCCUGUCAGGAACUCUGCCCUUGGUAUGUGCACCCUAUGUUCAAACAUGUCCAACAUCCUUGCCCCACUGAUCCUUCUUCUUUCCGAUGUGUGGAUUCCAUUUCCACUGGUGAUAUUUGGCGCCUUUGCUAUCGUUGGGGCAGCACUUGCCUACUUCCUUCCAGAAACCAGAGGCAAGAAAAUACCAGAGACGAUGGAAGAGGGAGAAAACAUAGGAUGGAAAGCUGCACCAAGAAGGAAAGGUCCCAGCGUGGAUGAUUCGAAGUAUUCUGAUUACAACUAUCAUAGAGCAGAAGAGAUGGGAGAACCAGUGUAAGAUAAUGACCAAGGAUCAAACCACCAUUUUGAAUUACUGUGCUUCCCAGUUAUCCCGCAACACCCAACGCAGGAUAAGCCCAAGGAUUGGUCUAACAUUCAACUUCAUGAAGUUGAGACCGAAAGGGAGUUCUGAUGCUGGAACAAUGAACUUUGCGUUUGAGCGUUGACAGCGCCGGAUCAUAAUAACUAUAUGACCGAUGAAUUACAGCAUUAUGUCAAAAACACAAAUAAGUUUGAACGCACUUGCAUUUUGCUAUAUAUUCAUGUUAGUAGGCUUAUGUAAAUGAUUUUCGAACCAAUAUUCUUUUAACUCUGUUUUCAAAGAUUGCCAAAUCUAAAUUUAGAGAAUACAGAUAAACAUGUGUAGGGGGAUGCAGGCGGAUGACCCCCCCCCCCCCCUCAGACCAGUGUAACAAAAUGAGAGAUAAGCGGGAAGAAAAAGAACAUGGAUGAAAACCAUGGAUCUAUGAUAGGUCCAUAAUGAAAACUAAGAAAGAAGGAAGGAAUUUAUACUGUUUUGGCUAGGGGCAAAUAAAGUUGAUAAGUUUUGUUUCACAGAAUAUGUCGAAAACAUAAACGCAAUUAUGACUUGAAACAAGACAAAUCAAAUUCAUGGGUUAUCUGUUUGUUGCAACGACAACAAACCUAGUGAAAAAUGUCCUUCUUCCAAUAAAUAACGCGCGACACUAAGAAAUAAGAACAUCUACCCGAAGUUCUCAAUAAUAUAGGAGGAAAAAUAAUUUUAGAAAAUGUUGGUGAAGGUUUGAGGAAAAUCCAUCAAAGAUUAAAAAGGUUAUUACAAUCAUUAUCAUAACUUUAUUCGUUUUUAUUUUUGACGUCAUGAUUGAGCAGCUUCCCAUAUAUCGCGAAUAAAAUAUAUGAAUUAUAAUCUUCUCCAAAGAAUGAAAAUGGGUUUUACUGUAUCUUUAAUAUAUUAACAGAACAAAAAUACAGCCGCUCCUGAAAGAAAAAAUAAACUUUUAGUCAUCGUGAACCAUUAAAAAAAUGAAAUUCAUGCUUU